UCUCCAUGGCUUCUUCCACCAAAAACUACACGAUCCUUUUAUUUAUCACCAUUUUAACUAUAACUUUUAACAGUGCUUCUGCUGCUGAUCCAGAUCCCCUCCAAGAUGUUUGUGUCGCAGAUCUGAACUCAACUAUAACGGUGAACGGAUUUCCAUGCAAAAGGAACUUUACAUUCACGCCAGAAGAUUUCGCAUCAAUGGGAAUCGCACAACCAGGAGUACCCAAUAUUUUUGGCACUCGAGUCGCUGUAGCCGACGUAUAUAACAUGCCUGGCCUUAACACACAGGGUGUAUCAAUGGCUCGAGUAGACUUUGAACGUGAUGGUUUAGACCCCCCACAUACUCACCCUCGAGCCUCUGAAAUUAUAUUCGUAGAAGAGGGUACAUUAGUUGCUGGAUUCAUCACUACGGACAACGUUUUUAUUAACAAGUUGAUCACAAAGGGAGAAGUCUUUGUUUUCCCACGAGGGCUCAUCCAUUUCCAGUUUAACGUUGGCAGAGGUAACGCAACUAUUAUUGUGGCCUUUAACAGCCAAAAUCCUGGUGUUCAGUUAAUUGCACUUUCCACGUUUGCGAGUAGACCUCAAAUUCCAGAAGAAGUUGUGGCCAGGGCAUUCCAAACUAGUGUUGAGGAAGUUCGGGCAAUAAGAGCAAGACUUGCACUACCUACUGCAGGCUUACCUUCAGGCCGCCAAUGGGACGACCGCAAUAUGCCCUCUCAAUAUGAUAAACGUGACGACCGUAACAUGCACUCACAAUAUGAUAAACGUGACGACCGUGAUAUGCACUUACAAUAUGAUAAACGUGACGACCGUAAUAGGUUCUCACAAUAUGAUAACCGUGACGACCAUAAUAUGUACUUACAAUAUGAUAAACAUGACGAUCAAUGCAUCUUUGGUGUCUUUUAA